CAGGGGAGUUGUUAGAGGUGGGAGUUGGAGCUGCGGGCCUGGAGGGGGCAGCGGAGCUGCGAUGCGGACGGGGCAGCGCCGGUGAACGGAGCUGCAGCCCGACAUGAACUCGCUGGAGCAGGCGGAAGAUCUCAAGGCUUUUGAGAGGAGACUUACUGAAUAUAUUCAUUGUUUGCAACCUGCCACUGGACGUUGGAGAAUGCUUCUUAUAGUGGUAUCUGUCUGUACAGCUACUGGUGCCUGGAACUGGUUAAUAGAUCCCGAGACGCAAAAGGUGUCCUUCUUCGCAUCACUAUGGAACCACCCAUUUUUCACCGUUAGCUGCGUCACUCUAAUAGGCUUGUUCUUCGCUGGAAUACACAAGAGAGUAGUUGCACCGUCAAUUAUAGCUGCUCGAUGUCGAACUGUAUUAGCAGAGUACAACAUGUCUUGUGAUGAUAAACACGUUGAGUGAAGUAGAUGAAAAAGAACACGCUGUGUGAUUCCAUUUACUUAAAGAUCAGAGAGAGGCAGAUUAACCUGUGGUAAGCAGUUAUGUAGGGAGUGGGGGGUACCAUUGACCUUGGAAAGGAGCAUGGAGGAACUUUCUGAGUGGUGGUGAUGUUCUUCUGUAGCUUGAUCUGGGUGGUGGUGACGUGGGUAUAUACAUUUGUCAAAACUCAUAAAACUGUACACAAGAUUUGAGCAUUUUACUGUGCAUGAAUUAUAUCUCAGUAAAACAGUAGAAAAAUUAGUAUCAAAGUUCUACCAAGGUAUCAAGGAGUUACCGAAAAAGUGAAAAUGAGAAUUGAGAGGGAGCCAGAAUCCUGACAGCACUUGACCUGAGGACAAUAAAGUGUGUUUCUGAAAACCACCUAGAAUUUUACCAACCAAAGAUAAUCACCAUGUUUUAUAUUUUAUUGUGUAUUCUCAUUUACUCUUAUAAAAGCAAAAUGUUAUAAUCAAGUUCAUAAAGAACCGUUAAAAAAAAUAAAAAGAUGUUACGAAUUUUUCAAACCUGCUUCUUUGACCCAACAUUAGGACUUAAGAGCCACCGUAUACUGAAGGUUAACUGUGAAAGGUCCCAGGCCUGUUUUUUUAUCUGCAUGAUCUCAAGAUCUUCCAUUUUGUUUAAUUACAUACUGUCCCACUUUAUGGACACAUCAUAAUUUAAUCCCCUACGUCCACAUUUUGCAUGUUAUAUAUGUUGUGUAUUUUUCACUAGAACUUAAGCUCCGUAAAGACAAGGAACUUCGUCUAGCUAGUUCAUUACCGGGUCCCUAGCAUCUCACACGUCUGGCACAUUAAUGGGCACUCAGUAAAUACUGAAUUAAUAGCACUUAAAUGUACAUCUUUACCCUUGCACCUAGUUUCCUUCAGAUAAAUUCCUAGAAGUGGAAUUGUUUGGAUUAUAUGGUAUAUGCUUUUUUUGUUUUGUUUUGAUAAAUAUGACAGCCCUAUAGAAGAGUUGUAUCCACAUACACUGAAUACCAGCAGUGUAUGAGUGUCUAUUGCUCCAGCCAUUGGUUUACAUUUUAACUUGAGGAAGUUAAAAUUUUAAUGUUAGAAAAAGGGAAAAAUUUUUGUUCAAAUACAUAGUUUUAUUUAUGUUUUAUGGUAAGGGGCAUAAAUUAGUCUAUAUAAGUUGGGAUUUUAUUUUAUCCACUGGGUUGGUUGGCUGAUUUUCUGGUAGCCAGUGGAUAGGGAAUUCAUCAAAAAAAGAUUUUAUGUGUAUGUUUUAAAGUACUAAAGAUUUUAGAAGAAAGUUCCACACAAAGAACACUGAAAACAUGAUUAUUAAUUGCUUAAUCUUGACUAAAUAUAGGGGGGUGUUCUAAUGCCCUUUAAGGUUUCUAGGUAAGUGGUGGUGUUCUUAAUAGAACUGUAUACUUUUAAACUUUUUUUUUUUUUUUCAUUU